UACAUUCGUUGCAACCAACCUUGUUUAGAAGGAGAUAUACUUCCCCGCCCCCUGGUCUUCCUUCACCUAGACACGGACCAGGUCUCUGGGCGGAUCAAAGGCAUUGGAGCAUUUUUCCCGGAGGGGAAUUAUAUAGAUAUGCAAAAACAGGUUAAGUCUGGCGUAAAGAUUAGUAAGGCGGAAGGUUUUGUUAGACGUGGAAGCCAGGGAAAAUGUUCUUUCUUUACUCCAAUACGUCCUCGUCAGUGUACUCAGGAGUUCAGAGAAUUUCAGGCGAUGAAUCAAGUUACCACAGUUUAUCAAGACUUUAAUGGUAAAUUAAUCAGAUGUCUUGAAGAGGAGGAGGCACUGCUAAAAUUUCUUCAGUUCCUCGUUCCGAUCAAAUUCAGUCUGCACAACGUGACCCUGGUCUCUUUCUCGGAGCAGGACAUUAAGCUCCUACUCAACAAGAUCUCCGAGUACAACUUGACCCAGCAGUUCAUGACAGUCUGUAAUGAUUUCAUUACACUCCUUCAGGUUCUGGCUCUGCCAAAGGUUCCUUCUUGUCUCGAUGAGCUCAUUAGUACAAGAUAUCCUCAACUCAUUUGCCUGCUCGGCAAUAGCGUGCAGAAAGCACGCGCGCUUUCUCAUGCUCUUCUCAAUACAAACGAGCGCGACAACCUGGACGUUAACCGGAAAGAUUUCAGUAUUCUUGAGGAGUUCUUCCACAUGAACUACUCGGUGAAGCUGGACGAGGGUAACGAGGAUAACGUAAAUCUCUACCUGGGAGAUCUUGCUCUAACCGUCUCUGAUUCGGACGUAUAUUCCAUCAUCCAAAGCCUGUGUGGGGUUAGCCCCUGUGAUUUUAAAUUGAAAAUGUGUCGACAUCCCAAAACCAGGAUGUUUCUUGGUUAUGCGUACGCACAGUUUGAAAACCACGACACUGCACUUCGUGUACUUUCAAGGGUGAAUAACGAGGUAUUAAAAAACAAACCUAUAAGAAUAGUUUGGCAGAGUAAAGACGCUAUUAGUUAUGACAAGAGUCGGAGCAAUCUCUUUGUAAAGAACCUGGGAAUCGAAGAAGUAGAUCAGAAACGACUAUACGACACUUUCAGAGUCUUUGGGAAAAUACUUUCUGCCAAGGUGGCUCUGGAUAAUCGCGGAGUUUCCAAAGGAUUCGGUUUUGUUCAGUUUGAUGAGCAAAAAAAUGCACAGAGAGCAAUUAAUGUAAUGCACAAUAUCUGGACCUGUUGGAGAGUUCCUGGGGCUAAAACUCUUCAGUGGAGUAAACUCUUUGUAACUAUAAAACUCUCUGAUGAGGAGAGAAAGCGGGAAAGAAACCAAGAAAUAUCACAGAAUCCCGGAAACUUAGUUCACGUUCAAAUAUACGAUGGAGAAAGUUUGGACCCAGACACUUUGAUUCCUAAAUUUUCGUUUGGGCCGAUCAAUGUUAUCAAAACUAGUCAGGAUUUUUCUAGCAUGUAUUUACUCUACGAACACGAGUCUGAUUCCAAGCUGUCUGUUCAGACCCUAAACAACACAGAGCUUAAUGGAAGUAGAUUGGAGGUAAAAUUCUUGGAUUGGAGAACUCUGCCUUCCUCUGACUUGGAAAGGAAAGGAAAAAUGACACAAAUGGAGAUACCAAAAGGGGAGAACGUGAAAGAAGUCUUGCCUCGUAAAGUUCCAGUUCCUCCAAUUGAUCAGAAAAGUUUUCUCUCCAAUAAAAUUCAGAACGCUCUGCGGAAAAAACUGAAGGAAGGUUUAGCCCAAAAUGCAGGAAGAACUGUGACCCCGGAACCUGCGACGAAAUAUACGAACUUCUCUUCUCCUCCGUCUAACUCACAACUCAGCUCAGCAGGGCUGCCAGUCUCUAGCAUCCAGUUCAAGGCGGAUAAUGGAUAUCCUCAUUUUGCAUUUAAUACUUCUCUUCCGCCCCCGCCAAUCAACUUCUACAAUAAUACUCCACCUCUUAAUCCAGAGCCAAGAGUGCCUCCGCCCUACGACGGCGGAUAUCCCUGGUCCUACAAGGCAGUAAACGAACCCUGUGAUAGAUUUUCUCCUGGUCCUAACUCUGAGUUCCCUCUCAGGCAACAGGGGUUAACCUCAUCCUUAUCUCAGUAUCAGGACCGCCAACCGUCUUCUUCUCAGAUACUAAUAAAUAGCUCACCAUUAGUACAUUCAAACACAACCCUUAACUCGCAAAAUGAUUCAAGAGUGUGGAUGAACCCAGAUCAAUAUUCUCAACCAAGAUCAAAGGAAAGGCUUAGAUCACGUUCGCGAUCAAGAUCAAGGUCACAUUCAAGAUCCAGGUCACGGUUGAGAACAAGAAGAAGCCCCAGCUCCAGUUGGAGUUCAUCAAAAAGAGCUUCUUCAAGGAGAUCUCGUUCACGAAGCUUUGACCAAAGAAAUAAAUAUGACUACUCGACAAAAUCAAAGUAUGGCCGGAAGUACUCUGGAAGAUCCAGAUCUUAAAAUCAUCUGUCUAGUCAAAAUUUUCCACAGGAUAUUAUUUGAUAUUAAAAUGUUAUUAUACGUUUGUAAAGCGAACAUGCUAUUUUCCACGCA